CUUCGAGUGUGGUGCGUAGAGCGCCUGCGUAGAUGUUUUCGAAGGCCCUUGACUAGCCAGCGUGCUAAUCCAACAUCGGGACGUUACAAAAGAUUUUCAUAAUUAAUAACCUGCUGAAAGCUGUUUGUGUCCAUUUGUACGCCACCUAAUUCUAGGUUGGUCCCGCUCACAACCAGAAUGUCCUUCCCCCCUCAUUUAAAUCGGCCGCUGUUGCCCCCUCCUGGGAUGCCCCCUCAGUUUGCUGGCUUCGCCUCAGGAGGUCAAAUGAUCCCAAUGCACAUGGGCAUCAUGACCCCUUCAAUAAUGAUGCCUUCUAUGCAAGUGAUCAGUAAGCCUCCAAUGCAUAAAAAGGACAUAAUGCGAGUCAAAGAAAACAAUGAGAACAGCGGGCCCACCACCACAGUGUUUGUGGGGAACAUAUCAGAGAAAGCUUCAGACAUGCUGAUCAGACAGCUGCUUGCGAAGUGUGGAAUUGUACUGAGCUGGAAGAGAGUCCAGGGAGCCUCUGGCAAGCUUCAAGCCUUUGGGUUUUGUGAGUACAAGGAGCCAGAGUCCACAUUGCGAGCACUGCGGCUGCUUCAUGACUUGAAUAUUGGAGACAAAAGUCUGUUGGUGAAGGUGGAUGCCAAGACUAAAGCUCAGCUGGACGAGUGGAAGGCCAAGAAAAAGACUGCGAAUGGGACCAAGAAGGCGGAAGAUGGAGGAGAUGAUGAGGAAGAGGUUCUAGACGAGGAGACGAAGAAGAAGGAUCAGAUCACCAAAGGUGCUAUCGACGGACUGAUGCAGGAAUAUGCUUCCGAACUCAACGCGCCUUCACAGGACGAGGACUCCCAACGACGAAAGAGAAGAAAGGAGAAAAAAGAAGAGGACGACCUUAACACCAUUGAUAUGGAGGACGACAAGAGGGACCUCAUUUCCAGAGAAAUUAGUAAAUUUCGAGACACCCACAAGAAACUAGAAGAAGAGAAGGACAAGAGGGAGAAGGAGCGGCUGGAGUUUGAGCGGGAACGCAGGGAUCGGGAAAAAGAGCGGGAGCGGGAAAGGGAGCGACGGGACCGCGAGAGGGAGAAGGAACGAGAGAGGGAACAGGAGAGGGAAAAACUGCGAGAGCGGGAGAGAGACAGAGAUAAAGACCGCGAGCGAAGGCCCAGAGAGAGAGAAAGAGACUGGGAGAGGGACAGGAGCCGGGACAUGACCCGGGACAUGAGCCGGGACAUGGAGAGGGACAGGACCCGGGACAUGACCCGGGACAUGACCCGGGACAUGACCAGGGACAUGACCCGGGACAUGACCCCCGAACGCAGCCGAUCCAGAGAGGUUAGUCGAGACAGAGACAAGAAACGAGACCAAGAAGAUGAAGAGGAGGCGUAUGACCGCAGGAAGCUGGAGAGGAAACUCAGAGACAAGGAAGCAGCCUAUCAGGAGCGACUAAAAAACUGGGAGCUCAGAGAGAGGAAGAAGGCUCGGGAUUACGCCAAGGAGACCGAGAGGGACGAUGAGCGCAGACGAGAAAUGGUGAAGGAGGGCAAACGGUUGAAAGAGUUUCUUGAAGACUAUGAUGAUGACAGAGAUGACCCCAAGUACUACAGGGGCAGUGCGCUGCAGAAGCGUCUCAGAGACCGCGAGAAGGAGACGGAGGCAGAUGAGCGUGACAGGAAGAGAGAGAAGGAGGAGCUGGAGGAGAUCAGACAGAGGCUGUUAGACGAGGGACAUCCAAACCCAGACGCAGAGCUUCGCAGGAUGGAGGAGGAAGAGGAGGAGCGUCGGAGACAACCUCCCAUCAUACCCGAGCCGGAGCCCGAGGAGGAACGUAAACGCCACAAAGGUUCACGAGAACACCGGGACCGCCGACACGAGCAGCCCCGGCCAGAACCCGCCGCACGGCCCCCCGUCCAGUCAGACAAUGAGGUGGAGGAGGGGGAGGAGGAAGAGGAGUUUGAAAAUGACGAAGAAAACCCCGAUGUCAAACCGUGUUUGAAGCCUACAAUGCGGCCCAUCACAACAGCACCCUCGGUUUCUUCUGCCAGUGGCGGCGCGUCCCCAAACUCACCGGGGGACGAGUCUCCCUGCGGCAUCAUCAUCCCCCACGAGAACUCCCCCCCCGACGCCCUGCCGCAGGAGGAGAACCGGCCCAAGAUCGGCCUCAGCCUCAAAAUGGGUGCCUCAGGAAGCCCCAGUCAACCCAACGUCAUCAAGAGAAAGAAGCUGCCCGGGGACAGCGUCUUCGACAAGUUUGAUGAUGAGGAGACCAACGAGCAGCCUCGCAAGAGGAAGCUGGUUCCCCUGGACUACGACGACGAUAAGAGCCUGGGGGUGGACGGGGCAUCCAGCAUAAAGGGGGCCAACACCGAGGAGAAACGUAAAAACAUCAAGACCCUGAUAGAGAAGAUCCCCACAGCGAAGCCCGAGCUGUUCGCCUACCCUCUGGACUGGACUAUGGUCGACACGACGUUAAUGGACCGUCGUGUUCGGCCGUGGAUCAAUAAAAAGAUUAUUGAGUACAUUGGAGAGGAAGAAGCGACACUAGUGGACUUCGUCUGCACCAAGGUGAUGGCUCACAGUAUGCCACAGAGUAUCUUGGAUGAUGUUGCUAUGGUUCUUGACGAAGAAGCAGAGGUCUUUAUCGUGAAGAUGUGGAGGUUACUCAUUUACGAAACCGAAGCCAAGAAGAUUGGAUUGGUGAAAUGAGUGAAGAUCAACUUUUUUGUUUUUUCAUACAUUGUGUAUAAUAGUGUAGCAUAAUUAUGUCACCCCAAACAAAGCGUUGUGUCCACACCAGGACAAACUGUAAAAUGCAGAUUCUGCUGAUUCUCACACCAGAUGUUCAGCUCAUGUGGGGUUCCACCCUCUCCGUCUGCAGGUGCUGACUGUGUCGGUGUGCUUUUGUGUAAAUACAGUACGUCAUUAUUUGAUUAUGGUUCAAAUGUAAAAUGCUACCAGGUAGGAACAUUGUUUUGCGCUGACUUAUUGUGUUUGUAUACAUGCCAACACACUUUGUGGAAAUACUCGUGUGCAGAAAUAGUUCCUGUAAAAAAACAAUGCUGUUGUCUUUAGGGGGUUGGAAUCUGGCUUGCAGUUGAAUGUGGGUUGGUUAAUUGGAUUUUGAUUAUGAAUACGUUAAGAGCGAAGAUGUGAUCUUUUUUUACAGCGUUAUUUAUUCAGGGCUUUGGACACAACUUGCAUUUAUUUUGUAAAAGUAAACAGAUUUUUCCUCUUCAUUUUCACUUAUUACAUUCCUGAUAAUUGUGUUGGCAUGUUGUCAGACCAUCUCAGAAACGUAGUCAUUUGAAGUGUCUGCUGAUAACCCACAUAUCUCUCAUGGUGACGCAGCUGUAGAAGCACACGUCAUAACCACUACAGGAAAAUGAGCUGAGAAUGGGGAAAUGAGUCGAAGUUGUGAAGAUGCUCUCCAUUUGUUUUUGUAUUGGUGAACAUUUGAAUAAAAUUGAUUUUUUAUAACA